GCGCGUCACGGUCAAACCCUGAAGACGGUUUGUUUAGUGGCUCAGUUUCCUGGAGCUUGGAGUUUGGGGUGUUUUUCUGUGUCGGACGAUGGCUGCCAUCAAGGCUUUGGAGCUGUGGUGCAAAAUGCAGUGCGACGGCUACAGAGACGUGACCAUCAGCAACAUGACCACUUCGUUCAAGAGCGGUUUGGCGUUCUGUGCGCUCAUCCACAAGUACAGACCGGACCUGAUAAAUUAUGACUCACUGAAAAAGGAGGAUGUGUUUGAGAACAACACAUUGGCUUUCAGAGUUGCAGAGGAGAAGUUGGGAAUCCCGGCUUUGUUAGAUGCAGAAGACAUGGUGGCAUUAAGAAUCCCAGACAGGCUCAGCAUUCUGACGUACGUCUCACAGUACUACAACUACUUCAAAGGACACCCUUCCAUGGGAGGUGUGAAAAGGCCAGCAGAGGGCUCCAAAGAGGAGCCAUCAGAGAAGAAAAAUCUCCCAGUGACUGCCAAAACCUUUGUGAGGACACCGACCAGUGUAGACAGUUUACCUGCUCCAAUUACAACCCAAACGUCACCCACUGCUGCCAAAGAUCCUGUUCAAGAGGUGGUUCUGGGAGGAAGCGCCAACAAAAAUGGGACUCUCAACAGCAAAUGUGUUGCAUGCAAGACGCAUGUUCAUCUGGUUCAGAGGCAUUUUGUGGAUGGCAAGCUCUACCACCGAAGCUGUUUCAAAUGCAGCGAGUGCUCCAGCGUGCUCCACGCAGGAGGCUACAAAGCCGGGAAGGAGCCAGACACCUUCAUCAGUAACGGCCACCAGAACAAAUCUCCCCCCUGUGAGGCUAGGACCAAAUCCGGACCUGCCGGCUCAGCUGUGCGACCAGAUAGUGCCAACCAGUCCCAGCCAGCUCCACGCCCCACUUCUGUGCUGUCGGCUCCAGUCAAUGUUGUUGUGAAGCCAGUCAGUCCAGGUCCACCAUCUCAGUCCUGGACAGCCUCGGCCCAGAAGACACAAGCAGCCCGGCAGAGGUUUUUCCAGGCUACGCCACCAAUCACAGAGGGUUCAACGGGUAAUGGGAAACUCACCGAUCCAGGUAACAUUUCAGGGAAAUCAAAGGUCACACUGAUUCCUGAGAAUGGGAAGAGUGUGACGGCAAUGCCUCAAAAGAACCUAGCGGAGAAAAACUGCAACAAUAACAACAGACGUCCAUUCACCAUCCGAUCUGCGGAGAGACGGUUUGGAGAUGAGCCAAGAUCACAUGGCAGCUUGAGUUUGAGAAAGAACACAAGCAGCCAAAGAGCAGCAGGAUCCCGAGGAGGACAGCUGUCCACCAGCCAGACCAACAGUAUGGAGUCUUCGUGUCUGAAACCCGUCAGCAAAGACAGCACAAGGCCAACAAGUGUGCACACGCCAGUCAAAGAUCCCGUCUGUCCACCGUCGCAACCGCUGCUCACACCUGUGAAAUGUGAAGCAGCAAUAAGAAUAAGUGAAGCUGCACCCUGUCCUCAGCAACUUGAUCCUGGAUCCAUUUCCGUGACUUCAUCAAAUGUCUCUGUCACUACAAUAAAGCCUCCGCCGGCUCCGCCACCUGCAGUAUCUCCAGUUAGCAGUGCACCUGUUCAGACUGCACAACUGAAUGAAUCAUCUCCUCCAAAAUCUGUCUCUAAAAGCCCAGGUGUUAAACGUAGAAGUCACUCGCCUGUGAAAUCCGCACCCGGGCAGCUAGCAGCAGAAUCUAUUAGCGUUUCACCGACUGCUCCAGCCAAUCAUGGAAAUCCCUCAGGCAGUUUUUCCUCAGGUGCUAAAAAGGGAAAGUAUUUGUCACCCACCAACGCCUUCAGGACUGAAAUGAGGUCACCCUCUGUGAAGUCUUAUCGGGUCCCGCUGGAGCAGAUUGAGCGGGAGCUGAAUGAUAUCGAGACAAACUUAGCUCACUUGGAGAAGGAAGGCGUGGAGCUGGAAAAAAAACUCCGCAGCUGCGAGGAAGAGGGAGACGGGGACAUAUUAAUGGAGCCACUAAUGGUUGACUGGUUCAACCUCAUCAGACAGAAGCAGAUGUACAUCAGGAAGGAAUCGGAGCUGGUCUACAUAGCUCAGACUCUGGAGCUGGAGCGGCAGCAGCCAGGUGUGGAGUGGGAACUUCGCCGGCUGCUGGAGAAACCAGAUCAUUUAAAGACCACAGAGGAGCGACAGCAGGAGAAGAAACUGCUGCAGAGACUCGUGGAGAUUGUGGACGGCAGGAAUGCGAUCGUGGAUGGGCUGGAUGAAGACAGGCUGAGGGAAGUGGAAGAGGAUAAGCAGCUAAAUGAAAUGAUGCAAAAUCUCAGAGUAAAGAAAUCGAAAAACAAGAGGAAAUCGUCGUUCUCAAAACUGUUCAGGCGGAGAAGUAAAAGACAAGUUGAAUGACCAUGAGGACAGUUUUAUCUGUAAUAACUGCUGUGUCUUUUAACAGCAUUUUAAAUACUGUGUUCUGAAUGUAUUUGUGAAGUACCCCCUCCCCACUCUUAUUUAA